AUGGCCACAGCUGAUUCAACUUCGCCUUGUACAGAAUAUAUUCAUAUAGCCUACCCAGUAUCACCAAUUGACAGAGUGACAUGGGUGGAUCUUCCAGACGCUCUUUGGCAUGAAAUCUUGCGAUUUUCGGCUGUGCAAGAUUUGGUUCGGAUGGAACGAGUUUGCAAGAAGUUCAAUAUUCAACUUGACCGCAAAGAUCGUAGUCAUGGGGCUCAAGAGCAAGGACGAGAACGAGAACGAGAACGAGAACGAGAACAAGAACAAUUGUCUUCCAUUCAUGAUUUGUGGAAGACACACUGUCAGCAUCGUUGGAACGACAAGCCAAGAUAUAAAUUGACAGAUGAAAGAGAGGAUUGGCUUCGUCGACAUUAUGAUGAACAUUUUGCAACUGUGGAUUAUGGUGAUACAGCUGGUGGUGCAACUGGUAGGGCUACUGGUAGGGCUACUGGUAGUAGAACAGAAUCAUCACACGUGAUGAUGGGGAAUGCAGCACCGUUUCCUGUAGCGAAUACUGCUUCUUCAUCACCUUCUACAACAUCUACACCGUCACUGUCCAAAUUUUCUUGGAAGAAAACGUACUUUUGGAUGGAACAGGAGCUGGCUCGCACCACCUUGACUUAUGAUGAACUCGAGUCACUGGAUUGGUACUUCAACUUCACACCACUAGCAGGCGGAAGGGGGAAAGAUACGCUGUUGCGAUGCAUCUUUCGCCACGGGCUCUUGUCCAUUGGCGGUGCAGGAUUUCCAUCCUUGCCGUAUCGGAUGUUGUUCUUACACCCAGGUGACAACCCAGAUAUCUUUUCUGAACAACAGGUGAACGCAACUGAUCAGCAUUCCGACACAGAUACCACUACUGAUGCCACUACUGAUACUGAGACUCAUGACAACCCCAUUUUCCAUGGUGGUAUAGACACCUCUCAAGCUCGGCGUCACAAUCAAGAACAGGCUGUUCUCAUUGCCGAUUUCCCAUUGCACUAUGUGUCCAGAUUGCAUGAUUCAGGGGAGUGGUUGAUGACUAAUGCACAUGUGACGUUUGUUAGCACUGACGAAGCGGGAGCUUUGACCUACAAGGAUCGGAACUUUCAAUAA